AUGUUUACAAGAUCUUACAAAGGUUUGCUUAGAAAAUCUGCAGGUGCUCUUAAAAGAGCUACUAAGUGCGAUAGAUCUGGUUUGAGAUUUGCAUCCACCUCUACUUCUCGCUCCAAUGGAAACUUCACAAAAGGUGCCGGCUUAUUAUUCAUAGGUGCUCUUGCUGGUGCCACCUUUGUCUCCUAUAGAACGGCCGAGAACCCACCAUCGUUUUUAUUCCCAGCCUCUUCAACCACUAAGAUCAAGGAAUUAACUCCUCCAAAAUACGGGAAAGCCGAGCCGGCUAUCCAGGAAAUCAUACAAGCUUUGGGAAAAGACAAAGUUGUUGAAACCAAAAAUACCUUGGAUGAUCACUCUGAUACAUUUUUUCAAACUAAACAUGCUACCGAUGAUCAGAGACCUGUUGCUGUUGUCUACCCGGAAAGUACCGAAGAAGUUUCUGAAAUCAUGAAGAUCUGUCACAAGCACAGAGUUCCGGCUGUUCCAUUUACCGGGGGUACUUCGCUUGAAGGUCAUUUCACACCGACGAGAAAGGGAAUCUCCGUGGAUUUGUCGAAAAUGGAUAAGAUCGUGGCUUUACAUAAGGACGAUUUGGAUGUAGUCGUCCAGCCAGCAGUAGGAUGGGAGGAUCUAGGGGACUACUUGUCUAGUUAUAACUUAUUGUUUGGUCCUGACCCUGGUCCAGGUGCUUGCAUCGGUGGUAUGAUUGGUACCUCAUGUUCUGGUACUAACGCAGCAAGAUGGGGUACUAUGAAGGAAAACGUCAUUAGUUUGCAGAUCGUUCUCGCCGACGGCACUAUCAUUAAGACUAAACGGAGACCUAGAAAGUCAUCUGCUGGCUAUAACUUGAACGGUUUGUUCAUUGGAAGCGAGGGUACCUUGGGUAUUGUUACCGAGGCUACUCUUAAGUUGAACGUUAAACCAAAGUAUCAAAAUGUGGCCGUUGUCUCUUUCCCAAGCAUCGCAGAUGCAGCUAGGUCUGUUUCCAGCUUUGUUCAGGGUGGACUGCAAUUGGAUGCUAUGGAAUUAUUGGACGAGAAGAUGAUGCAUUUCGUUAACGAUAGCGGUGAGACUUCUAUUAAAUACGACGAAGCUCCAACAUUGAUGUUGAAGAUCGGCGAUAACUCCAAAGAAGGUUUGAAAGCCAUUGUUAAAAAUGUCAAAGAAAUCUGUAAGGAGAAUCACAACCAUCAUUUCAAGUUCGCUCAAGAUGAAGAUGAGAAGCUUGAGUUAUGGAAUGCAAGAAAGGUCGCCCUUUGGUCCACUAUUGCUUACGGUAAGAAGCACGUUGGACCAGACGCCAAGGUUUGGACUACUGAUGUGGCCGUACCAAUUUCCAAGUUGGCCGAGAACUUGGAAAAGACCAAAGCAGAUAUUGAAUCCACCGGUUUGCCGACAUCUAUCGUUGGCCACGUUGGCGAUGGUAAUUACCACUGCUUUUUGCUGUUCGAAGAACCUCAACGUCCUCUUGCUCAGGCCGCUGUUGAGAGGAUGAUCACCAGAGCUAUUGCCGCUGACGGCACCGUUACCGGAGAGCACGGCAUUGGUUUCGGCAAGAAAGUAUACUUGGAGCAGGAGCUUGGUGAUGAUACCAUCGACGUUAUGAGAAAGAUUAAGAUGGCCUUGGAUCCAUAUAGGAUCUUGAACCCUGAUAAAGUGUUCACCAUUGAUCCUACAGAAUCCCCUUCGCUUCGUGAAGGUUGA